UUUAGGUUUACUGAUGCUUAUUGGUUGGUGUUCUGCAUAUUCGUAUACCCUGUACCGAGUCAUCGAAUUAUUAUAUUUGCAGGUGUUUAUCGUUCGUAUGGUGAAAGCAUUAGUUGCUUGUGGAAUGAAAAUCAUGGCCGUCCAUUGUUAAGAGCUGUUAUGACCUUGGAACGUUUUACAAUUAUUUCUCGUGUCCUUGCAUUUGAUAAUAGACAAGCCCGAAGAUCACAAGUCCGCGGAGACAAGCUGGCACCAAUUCGUAGUUUUUAUGAAAAGUGGACUAUAAAUUUACAAGUACUUUACGUUCCCAAUGAAAAUAUUACCGUUGACGAACAACUUAUUCCGUUUCGUGAUAGAUGCCCAUUUAAAGUUUAUAUGCCCAGUAAACCAGGUAAAUAUGGAAUGAAGGCAUGGAUAGCAGCUGAUUCUGCAACUGCGUUUUGUCUACAAUUUCAAAUAUACCUUGGAAAAACUUCAGAUUUGCCUGAAAGAAAUCAAGGUGAACGAGUAGUUUUAGACCUAGUGUCACAAUAUACUGGUAGAAAUGUAACAACCGAUAAUUUUUUUACGAGUCAUAAUUUGGCACAGGAAUUACUAAAGCGAAAAAUUACUUUAGUUGGCACUGUUCGAAAGAAUAAAAGAUUUUUACCGGUUCACUGCACAGUAAAAGAGUUACGAAAACUACCCAUCUAUACUAGCAAGUUUUUCUUUCAUGAAAAAGAGACAAUCGUACAAUAUGUGCCGAAGAGAUAUAAAAUAGUUACUUUACUGAGUACGUUGCAUCAUAACGGAAAAAUUUUAGAAGAACAUUCAAAAAAAAUACCGGAGGUAAUAAAAUAUUAUAACUUAUCUAAAGGUGGAGUUGACACCAUGGACCAAAUGGUCCGCACGUACUCAUGUAAACGUAAAACAAACCAUCCUUAG